AUGUCUCAGAACAUGCUAUUCCUAUCAAUACUUUUAAUCCUCGCUACAUUACCACAAUGGACAGCCGCCAUCCCAGCCGUCCGCCUCCCCAAUAAACCACACAUCUUCUCCGAAACAAAAAACUACCCCUUACCAAACCUUGGCAACAUCCAAGUCCACGACCCCAACAUCGUCGAGCUAGACGGCGCGUUCUACCUCUUCAAAGGCGGCGUCCACGUGCCCAUCCACAAAGCGUCUAGUCUCGACGGACCAUGGCAGAAGAUCGGAACUGUAUUGGAUGGGCCCAGUGUGAUUGAGAAGCAGAAUCGCACGAGGCCAUGGGCGCCUACGACGGUGCAGUGGAAGAACCGGUUUUACUGCUUUUACACGAUUAGUAAGAAUGGUGUGAGGAAUAGUGCGAUUGGGGUUGCGUCGAGUGAUUCGAUUGACCAGGGUGGGUGGACGGAUCACGGAGCAGUGAUUAAUACCGAAAAGGGUCAUCUUGCUGAUAUCUAUCCGCUGACUGUAUCGAAUGCGAUUGAUGCAUCGUUUAUCGCGGACCAGAGCACUGGGAAACCCUAUUUACUGUACGGGAGUUACUGGCAUGGGAUCUUUCAGAUACCCUUGGCGGAUGAUUUGUUAUCUGUUGAGGAUGAGGAGAGGCUGAAUGCAGAGCAUUUGGUGUUCCUGCCUGAGCACAAGGUUAAGCCGCAGGAGGGGAGUUUUAUGACGUACCGGGAGCCGUAUUAUUAUCUUUGGUUUAGUCAUGGGAAGUGUUGUGAUUUCCAUAAGGGGUUUCCGGCUAUGGGGAGAGAAUACAGUAUUCGAGUCGGGCGGUCCAAGGACGUGACGGGGCCUUUUGUGGAUAAGUCCGGGAAGAAACUCUUAGACGGUGGAGGGACGACUGUCUAUGGAUCGAAUCACGGCUUGGUUUAUGCUCCUGGGGGGAUUGGUGUUCUGCCAGAGAACAAGGAUCACCAGGACAUUAUGUACUAUCAUUAUCUAAAUACAACCAUCGGCUUCCAUAACAGCGACGCCCAACUAGGCUGGAGUUAUAUCGAAUACAUCGACGGCUGGCCCGUCGCCAGAGCGAAAGCCAGCAGCGCGCCGCCUCGAGCCAACUACACCAUCAAUCUCAUGGUGCUGAUGUGUAUGUGCUUUUUGAUCCUGAAUCUGUUGCGAAAGCAUUCGUCGGGCCUGAAACUCAUUGCUUCUGUGGCCUUUUUAGUCGUUUGGGUUUUGGUUUGGCUUGUACGGUGA